GCUGGUGGGUCGGCGAUGGGGCAGUGCCAGAUCCGGGGGUCUCACUGGCAAAGCUUUGUGCUGGGGGCUGGCGUUUGACUGCCCCCGUCCCGGGAUGUUUAUUGUUCUGAAACCCGGCGAUCUGGAUCUGGGAGCGCCUUGAUCGAUUGGAUCCAGCCCCGGUUGCAAGGGGGAGGGAGCGGCGAACAUGUACCCGGCUCUGAGCUCCUUCUACUGGGCGCCUGUGGCCGUGACGGGCUGGGAGCUGUGCUGUCCGGAGGCCGGCGGCAGGCCGGUUACGGCUGGCGUCCAGACACCCCUGGAAGGGGGAGCGGGAGAGGGUAGCUCGGCCACAGCGGCCGGUGGGGUAGUACGCACAGCGAGCCCUAGCUCCGGUCAGAGGAAGGGCUGCAGCCCCGAGGAGAUCCACUUGGCCGAGUGGGGGUCGGAGAUACUCCAGCGGGAGAGGGAGGCUGCCAGGGAGGUGGAAAGGCAGGAGAGGGACGAGCGGCAGGCGACGGACAUCGCCCUGAAGUACAUUCGUCCGGACCAAUGUCUGAAGUACAUCAGGGUAUGCGUGGACCCUGCUAUUCUGCAGGAGGCUGGCGGCUACGUGUUGCUGGAUGUCUUGAACUCGCUGGAAUCGGAGUAUAGCAUUGAGCAUCAGUCUGUGCCCUCCACCAUAACAUGGAGAAGAGAGUUACCUCAAGACAUAUUGGAUGAGCUGUCUGAUGAGGCUAAAUAUGUGUACAAGUCUAAGGAGGAAAAUCAAAUUCUGGUGCUGCUUUCACCAAAUUACUUCCUUAACAUGGUGUGGUCACAUAAACAGAAAAUGAAAGGCAUUUUCAUGGAAAACAUCUGUGAAACAUUUGACAGCUUCAUAAUGAGAGUUCUGGACAAGCGGUUUCAUAGAAAAGCCACAUUGGCUGUCAUCGGCUUGGAUACCUACACAAGGGAAAAGGGGCUUUACAGCCCAGUGAAAAGGCAACAGAAUUCAGAAAACAACACUGAUGAAGAUUCAGAAUCUUGGGUUAGCAAGGAGCUGGGGUUGACCUGUGCAGAUUUGGAUGAGGUACAGGUGGCAUUACAACUGCAAACGCACACAACAGUUUGGUUCUUAGAGAACUGGCAACAAUUUGCAGAUCAUGUUGCAACACUUACAAAGGCUAUAGCCCGAUCUCCUUUCAAAAAGCAGACUGAGAAAAUGACCUUCUCCUUCUGUCCUGAUGGAACGUGGUCCACUGGUGUGAAAGUGGACAAGGAUGGAAAGGGCCUCCUGAAAUUGUGGAAAAAACAGCUUCAGCAGCUCAACAGGAUCACCCAACCAGUGGCAAUGGCAAUAGCACAAGCUUACCCUACACCACAGCUGCUCGUGCGGGCUUAUAGACAAUGCACUACAGAAUGGGAGAAGCAGAAUCUGUUAUCGGAGGUGAAAGUGGAAGCUGGAGGAAAACGUGUGGAUCGACGUGUUGGACCAGAUAUAUCCCGCAGGUUGUACAUUUUCAUGACCUCAGAAAAUUCUGACAUAGUCUUGGAUAAAAGUGGUUAAAUAGAUCAGAUGAAAACAAAAUGGUGCAUUUUAUGAACUUUUUAUAUAAAAUACAUUAGCAGGGUUGUCUGUAUUUGAAAACAGUUUAGCGUUAGCAGUAUGUUAUUGAAACCUUAUUACUUGUGAGCUCUAAACUGUUUUUAUUAAAACAGUUACUUUCAAUUUCUUGUAGUGGAUUAAUAAACAGUGUCACAGGCCAGUUUCUAAUUCAAUAUACAAAACGUAGCUGCUCACACGGUAACAAAAGCUGUUAAUGCAAGUCAAAAUUCUAGAAUAAUGUUUUCACAAAAUUGACAUGUGGGUCCAGCAGGAACAUUUAUGGAAAAGGUUUGCCAAUUAAAUAAAAAUCUAAACUUAUGGUAGUUGCAUAGAUUAACCCAACCCUGUUGAGUUAUAUACAAGUCUUCAGCAGACAGGGAGCAGUGGAGAGAUUAGGCACACCAUCUUCUGGAAGUUAAAGAAUUGAUAAACUUUGAAGGAAGGUGCCAAUUGUCAAAGACAAUUUUUCCAGCCACAGGAUCUCUGCAGAAAUUCCAGUGCAGUGUCAUAGGCCCAACCACCAUAGGCUCAUCAACUGCAGUUUUUCUAUCAAGUGGGGGUGUACACCAAUGUUUCCACCUUGUUCAACUCCAUUUGCCACUCUACAGUAAAUAACAGUUCUAGAUCGCAUCCAACUUAAAUGGCGCAACAUUGAGGCAUGGGAUGAUAAAUAACAAGUACCAUUUACAUUAGGCAAUAAUUCCAGGCAUCUACCCACUUACCCUUGACUUUCAACACCAAGUUUCCAAAUAUUGAACAUGGUGGGUAGCACUUUAGAACAGAAGAUCAACUGGGCAAGCUAAAUGUGUAUGCACUAGCUGCAAGAGGUCAGAAGCUGGUUAUAAGAGUUAGAAAGAUUAAAAGGAAAAAUAAUGUGGGUAUAAAUACUGUGGCUUCAAAAGGCUGGGCAUCUGCAGCAAAUAAAUCACCUUCUGAUACCUGAGACUUUCCACAGAGCACAAGUCAGGAGUGUGAUAGAAUUCUCUCCACCUAUCUGGAAGGGUACAACAGCAACACUGAUAACACUAUGUAGAACGAAGCAAUCUACUUGAAUGGAUGUCUAUUCUACCUCCUUGAAUAUUUAUUGCUUCCAACUUUAACAAAAUUCACUCUAAACACUCAACUGCUCCCAAAUGCAAAGCCCUGUAUCACUAAGACAAGUGCUGCAGAUGCAUGGAAAGAUCCUGACAUGGAAAUAUCACUUCCUUUCCUAAUGCCAGAUCUAAAUCCAGAACCCACUUCCUACAGUGCUGUGAAAGCACUAUCACCAGAAUUGCAGCAGCUCAAGGUAACCACUCAGUAGCUCAAAGAGGAGACAUGGCCAGCUUCACCUUUUUGCUAAAUCAAAGCAAAUCAGUGGCAUAUUACCAACCGAUAGGACCUAUGCUUCCCAAAGGAUUAGGAAUCAUUGGGUAGCAUCUUCAUUGAGUUUAUUGCAAGUCAUAAACCUCUCAGAAUUUACUGUGUUACCACUUGGCACAGCAAAUAAGCCAAUAAGCUAUUAACUGUAUUUGGUCAUACCCACACUGGCUUUAACAUGUUUUACAGGGAAAAUACUUCUCAGUUUAAGAAAAAAGCACUUAAUCUUGCAUGAAAACUGCAAGACCGUGUUUAAAAACUUGGCACUUGUGGCAAAUCCACAAAAAUAAAUUGAACAAAAUUUGUGCUAAAAUGUGAGCUUUAAUGAUGAAGACUAAUUGUUUAGACAAUAUCAAAAUCUACUUCACCAAUGAAAUAGUUCCAAAAUUUCAGACUUUAGAUAGCAUGAAAAGCUAGACUGGAGGAAGCGAGUAACUGGCUACAUGAGCUUUAGCCAGGUAAUCCAAUUUUAAAUGCCACUGAGCAUUGAGAUUUUAAAUUCAAAAUAAUGAUUUAUGAAAAAGGGCGAUAGGCUGCUUAAAAUACAAGUGCACACAUACUAAAAUACCAGUAUAUUGUUUUGGUAUUUAAACGGUUUACAAAUGUAAUCCCUUCCAUUUGGUCACCAUCUAGCAUGAGAACAGUAAACUGCUGAUACCUCAGCUCCCAGUUCUCUGCUCCAAUUAGGGAUAGAAGAUCUUUAACUGCUUUCCACUACAGGAUUAUCACCACUGGAGUUGAGGCCUCAUUAAUACAGGAAGCAGAUAAAAUAACUGUUCAAAACUGAAGGUAGUUUUACAGUCCUAAAUACUGCCAUAUCCUCCAUUGCAACCAGAUUUACAAACCAAACUAAUGAAAAUGAAACAAAAUCACAACUAGGAAUUAAAAAAAGGGACCAAAUCAAAAGAUUGGCAUUAAGUACAUUUUGGGAAUAAAAUGUAGAUAAUUACCUUUUGCUAGAGAACUGUUGUAAGCAUAUUAGUAAGAAAUAUUGGAGGAAACUUCAUUAAAUUUCUCUGAAUACUUAAGUUGAACUUGAAAAAAAAAACUAUUGAAAAAAAAGGAUUAAAUGCAAGUGAAUAGCCCUGGGAUUUAUAGGGAUGAAAUUCAAGUUACCAUGACAAUCAGUGAUGUUAGUCCCUUUCAUUUGAACAAGUCAGAAGCAAUUCAGAUUCCAGUAGGAAUGACCUGUUUUGAUUGGGAGUUGCUUAAAACUUGUCCACAUGAGCCAUCAAGCUUUGGUUUUAAAACUGGUCCACCUGCUCUGGAGUACCAAAGUUUGUAACUUGAUUAGGACAAAGUUUAUAUUUAGGCAAUGCUACAAGAGAAAAAUGAAUCAUUUGAAGGUGCUAACUUAGAAAUUAGCUUACAGAAAUUAAGGAAGCAAAGAAUAAGGUUAACCUUAAAAUUGCUUUAGUUCAGAUCUGCUCAGGUAUAAAAUUAAACCUGCCCCCAAAUGAAACA